AUGGUUUACCGAGACUACGUGGCUGUCGAAGGCGGCUAUGUUUGCGAUACCGACGCCUUCAUCAAAGGCAAGCUGAAGCAGGCUGACGGCCAGCCCAUCUGCAUAGCGCUUAUUUUCACCUGCAAACGCGUGGCUGAGGAGAUGUACGGCCUUGCCCUGCGCGUAAACCCUAUUACCUUCUCGACCCUCUGCGGCAACCCUGACCUGCGGUAUGUCGCCCAACGUUUUGACCACCUUGUGCACGAUGUCAUGAAUCGCCGGCGGGAGUAUAUUAAUCACGUUUGGAUGCGUGUUUCCAAGGAGGGAUUCACCAAACUUCGAGCUUUGCAUCCACACUUCUCUAUGGUAUUGGACCGCUUACAGAACGGGCAACGUAUACCGCUGUUCACCAUGUGCGGACCAAACGGGGAACCGGCGUCUGCUGUCAGACAGUUCUUGGAAGACGUGAUGAAGGAGGCUGCAUCGAGCAACCCACGCCGGCUUGAAAGGCGUUUCUUAUCUAGUCUUCGUCAGGCCCUCGGCGGCUUGGAGAGGCUCGCUCUAACAACCACUUCAUAUGAGGCUAGCCUCGAGCCCUGGAAUAUCGUUUCGACCGACGAAAUGAACGAGCUCAGCAUCUUCGCCUACGGUUUCACUGGUUUGCCUCCGAUGCUUCCACGCGCUGCGAAGUGGGAAGCAGACCGUUCGGAAUGGCGCUUCUCUGCAGCAGCAACGGCGAUCCACUUCCUCAAGUCUCUCCCCAACACCGUUCGUUGUCACCUACGCAAGCUUGUUCUCCUUGAGGACAAGCAAGCUGUCCCAUUUCAGGAAUCACAUGGUCUUGGGCUCAUUCCGUUCUGCAGGGAGAAUCCCCUCCUCCGCAUCGAGCGACGGGUGAGCCUCUGGAACAAUGCUUUUCAUGAAUCUCGGAGUUCAACGUUCCUAUUUGAAACGCCGCAGGACCAGUACGAACGGCUCGUCAGAGAAGACAAAAACUCCCUCGACUCCUCCCUUAUUACUGCUAGUGUUGCCCCCUGGAUCAUGGAAGCUUUGGCACUUGCCCCAGCGGGCAUGCCUGCAUCAUCCUUUUCACUGCUUCUGGACGGCAACCCCCUUCCACAGCUUUGCACCCGUAUAUUUCAGUCGGUCGUUCAACGAGAUCUCUGUUGGCAAUCAGCAAUAUCGGAAGUCAUCGAAAAAGGUGGAUUCCCAGACUACGGCACUCUGCUUCAUUUUAUGACAAAACCGAACGAGGACGAAUUCGCCUGGACGGAGCUGCCGCAAGCAAUGAAGGACAUUGCAUCCGGCAACUCGAUUGUGCGCUUCAACUUCGACAUUGGCGAACCAUCGGACCCGACGAGACUCGUUUUCGAGCACCGAAACUGGACCUGGGGUACGUGGAUAAAGAAAUGGCACGAGCGCGACAUAAUGUGUUGGGGGACCGAGCCGCCACUGCCAAGCUGGAGGGACAUCUUGAAAGAAAACGUCCACGACGAUCCAGUGGAGGAAAUCGAGUAUUUUGAAAGCCAAACCUGGAGUGAUUAUGAUGACGAGUUGGUCGAACUGGCACUUCGCGGUUAA